GGUACUGUGACGUCAGGAUUGAUUGACAGCAGGGAGGGCCACGGUCUAUGGGACCGGAAGAAGACGCUUGUUAGCGUCUGUAACCAGAACCGUCAUCCGGCAGCUAAAGAGAAGCGAGGGGGCAAGCAGUUGCGUUUAUUGGUAGAGACCUAUACUAAAAUGGCAGCUGACACAUCUGUAGAUAUAUUUGCAAAAGUCAUGGAGAAUCAGCUUCUUCAGACUGCCAAAAUAAUGGAGGAGCAGUUAGAUGCUGAACUGGAGAAACUUGACAAAAUAGAUGAAGAUGAAAUGGAUCGUCUGAAAGAAAGAAGACUUGAAGCUCUGAAGAAGGCACAGCAGCAAAAACAAGAAUGGCUAUCUAAAGGACAUGGGGAAUAUCGAGAGAUACCCAGUGAAAGAGAAUUCUUCCAAGAAGUAAAAGAGAGUAAAAAUGUUGUCUGCCAUUUCUACAAAGAUUCUACCUUCAGAUGUAAAAUACUGGACAAACAUUUGGCAGUGGUUGCUAAAAAGCACGUUGAGACCAAGUUUCUAAAGCUAAAUGUGGAGAAGGCACCCUUCUUGUGUGAAAGACUGCGCAUAAAAGUCAUUCCUACACUGGCACUGGUAAAAGAUGGCAAGACUAAAGAUUACAUUGUUGGCUUCACAGAUCUGGGAAACACAGAUGAAUUUACGACAGAGACAUUAGAGUGGAGACUUGGUUGUGCUGGUAUUAUAAACUACAGUGGAAAUCUAAUGGAGCCACCUUUUCAAAACCAGAAAAAAUAUGGCACUCAAUUUACAAUGCUGGAGAAGAAAACUAUAAGAGGAAAAAAGUAUGAUUCAGAUUCUGAUGAUGAUUAGAUGCAUGGUUAGCUGUUUAAACACUUAUUUGUUCUUGGGAAGCUCUUAGGCCUGGUUUACAUGGGAGAGCAAUCCCAUGUGAGAAAAGUUGCACUUAUUCCUUUCCACUAGCUGUUAAUAUUCAGUUCUCAAUAGCUGCAUCUGUUGCCGUGGUUUUCUUAGAACCAGAAGACAACACAGGAAAAGAGGGGCCAAUAUUGGUGUUAUGAAAAACUACAGAUAUAAUAUUUCUCAAAUUACCUCGGUUGCUUUUCUAAUAUAUUUCAGGAUUUGCCAUAGGAAGUAAUUGCAACUGCGAUUGGCCACAUGCUGUUUGUUAUGUGUAAACCUGGCCUAACAAGUGUAGUCUAAUAAAAAAUGGCAUUAGAUUAGGAUGUUAUGUUUAUGCUUUUUUUCUUUAGUAAAACUGUUCAUAAAUCAAAUAAAUUCUUUGUAUAAAAUGGCUUAUCUAAACAUGUUUGAUAACUUUUGUCUUUGAGCAGUUUAGGUGCUUCAUUUUAACUGCAAUCGUGUUUUACAUCUAAGCCUUUUGUAAAGAAAAAAAGAAUGUUUUAUACAAGUAUCUCAGAUAUUUGUGUGACAGCUCAACUGAAAUAGGAAGAAUUUUGAAGAUUAAUGGAAUUUUUUUCCAUUUCAUAUAUUCAUAAAAUAUUUUUUGAGCAGCAUGUGCCACCCUUUAAUAGGAAACUGCAGCUGCCAGGGCACCACCUUUGUAACAAAACUGAUGAAAAAUAGAAGUAAAGAUAAAUAGAGACUGACUUGAGUGAUGGUCACGGUAUUACAAUUCACUAAGCCUUAUUUAAAACUGUUAAUUUUUUAUUUUUAGUAAUACUUGUUUUCAUAUUAAUAUAUUUUACUUUCUGAACAGAUCUGAAAUAAACUUUGAAACUCUUGCAUCAAA